AUGCUGAGUCAGAACCACAAUUUACAGGUUUUGUUGAAAACUAUGAAGAAAGUCGACUUUUUUAUACUCCUCCUCUGCUUAAACGCAGCGUCAUUUCUAGUGUCUGCUGAUCCACCAACAUGUCCUGCGGAUUUGGGAGGAAAGUGUAGUGAUUCUGAUGACUGGAAAGGUGACUUCUUCCCUGGAAUCCCCCAGAUUAAGUAUGAGGGACCUUCAACCAAAAACCCACUUGCUUACAGGUGGUAUAACGCUGAAGAAGAGAUUCUUGGCAAGAAAAUGAAGGACUGGUUUAGAUUCAGUGUAGCGUUUUGGCAUACUUUCCGUGGGACCGGAGGCGAUCCAUUUGGUGCUGCUACAAAGUAUUGGCCUUGGGAAGAUGGUACCAACUCUGUGUCUAUGGCUAAGAGAAGAAUGAGAGCCAACUUUGAGUUCUUGAAGAAACUUGGAGUUGAUUGGUGGUGUUUCCAUGACAGAGACAUUGCCCCUGAUGGCAAUUCACUUGAGGAAUCUAACAAUAACUUGGAUGAGGUUAUUGAACUCGCCAAAGAACUCCAAAAGGGAAGCAAGAUCAAGCCAUUGUGGGGAACAGCUCAGCUUUUCUUGCAUCCUCGUUACAUGCACGGAGGAGCAACCAGCUCCGAGGUUGCAGUAUAUGCUUACGCUGCUGCUCAGGUGAAGAAGGCCAUGGAAGUGACGCAUUACUUGGGCGGUGAAAACUAUGUGUUCUGGGGUGGUCGUGAAGGUUACCAGACGCUCUUGAACACUGAUAUGGGAAGAGAGCUUGAUCAUCUUGCUAGGUUCUUUGAAGCUGCUGUUGCUUACAAGAAGAAGAUUGGAUUCAACGGCACCCUUUUGAUCGAGCCUAAGCCUCAAGAACCCACCAAGCACCAGUAUGAUUGGGAUGCUGCAACUGCUGCUAACUUCCUGAGGAAAUACGGACUUAUCGACGAGUUUAAACUCAACAUUGAGUGUAACCACGCCACGCUUUCCGGGCACACAUGUCACCACGAGCUUGAAACUGCAAGACUUAAUGGUUUACUUGGCAACAUUGAUGCAAACACUGGCGAUGCUCAAACUGGAUGGGACACAGAUCAGUUUCUCACAGAUGUUGGAGAAGCAACCAUGGUUAUGACUAGUGUCAUCAGAAAUGGUGGGAUUGCUCCAGGAGGGUUCAACUUCGACGCCAAACUGCGGAGAGAGAGUACAGAUGUGGAAGACUUGUUCAUUGCUCAUAUUAGUGGAAUGGACACAAUGGCUCGUGGACUGAGAAAUGCAGUUAAAAUCUUGGAGGAGGGAAGUCUAAGCGGAUUGGUACAGAAGAGAUAUUCAAGUUGGGACUCUGAGCUUGGGAAGCAGAUAGAAGAAGGAAAAGCUGAUUUCGAGUAUCUUGAGAAGAAGGCUAAAGAGUUUGGUGAACCUAAAGUCCCUUCCGCUAAACAGGAGCUCGCUGAGAUGAUCUUCCAGUCAUCCAUGUAG